GCGAGCUGUGUUGACCACCAUUACAUCUUCCUCUGUUCUCCAUUACGUCUGGGAAGAUGGCUCUGCGGAUCCCCAGAGGCCUUUGGACAGCAUCUGUGAUGGUGAUGCUGGUGGUGCUAAGCACCCCAGUGGCUGAGGGCAGAGAUUCUCCAGAGGAUUUCCUGUUCCAGUUUAAGUGCCAGUGCUACUUCACCAACGGGACGGAGCACGUGCGGUACGUGACCAGAUACAUCUACAACCAGGAGGAGUUCGUGCGCUUCGACAGCGACGUGGGGGAGUACCGGGCGGUGACCGAGCUGGGGCGGCCGGACGCCGAGUACUGGAACGGGCAGAAGGACGAACUGGAGCGGGUGCGGGCCGAGCUGGACACGGUGUGCAGACACAACUACCAGUCGGAGGUCCGCACAACCUUGCAGCGCCGAGUGGAACCUACAGUGACCGUCUCCCCAUCCAGGACAGAGGCUCUAAACCACCACAACCUGCUGGUCUGCUCGGUGACAGACUUCUAUCCAGGCCAGAUCAAAGUUCGGUGGUUCCGGAAUGACCAGGAGGAGACAGCUGGUGUUGUGUCCACUCCCCUUAUUAGGAACGGGGACUGGACCUUCCAGAUCCUCGUGAUGCUGGAAAUGACUCCCCAGAGAGGAGAUGUCUACACCUGCCACGUGGAGCACCCCAGCUUCCAGAGCCCCAUCACAGUGGAGUGGCGGGCACAGUCUGAAUCUGCCCAGAGCAAGAUGCUGAGCGGAAUCGGGGGCUUCGUGCUGGGGCUGAUCUUCCUGGGGCUAGGCCUUAUCAUCCGUCACAGGAGCCAGAAGGGACCUCGUGGGCCUCCACCAGCAGGUACUAUUUCUACUUGGCUUCACUGGGGGUCAUGGGGACAAGUAAGAGGGAAGGGCUGAAGUGAGUGUACUGGGCACAAUGGUUUUGGUUCAUGGCCUGUUCCCUGCUACUGGCAUCAGGUUAGGGGAGAAGUUUGUCCAGUUUCUGUAGGAAGCUCCCGAGGUUUCUCCCCAGAACCAGGCCAUAACUUGCGUGGCAUCUUUCUGUGAAACUUGGAGCCAGAGCCUUUUCUUGGGUGUUAAACACCAGAAUAAUGCCCACGUUGUGCCUCAUGUUGGUGACUACUGCCAGUGGGCAUUUAUAAGUGACUGAAAGAGGCUACUAGUGAUGGAAAGAAAGUGAGUUACC